UGUUCAUAUAUUUACCCGUCUGGAAGACUCAGGAUGGUAUGGUUGGCAUUGUAACUCUUGACAAAAUCAUUGCGCUUAUCAACAGAAGACCAAGACCACGAUUCGAUUCCACUAACGCCCCGAGAGGCUUGUUUGGAAACUUGAGGUAUCUUGUACCUGUCGUGUGCUCGCUCCGCGGGCGAUCUUCGCUGAAAAGAUAUGUUGCAGCAUCCCGCAUGCUACUCCAUUGUCACCCCAAGCUGCCACCCUAGGACCGCUGAAGACAUGCAGUUGCGCCAAGGUCCUGGUUGCCCAAUCAUUAUGCCGGGAAAUAAGGAAGUACACUUCGGGGCAUGUAGCAGCUAGGAGUACUCCAUCACUUUCCAUCCGCGGUUGCGCGGGUGGGUGCUUAGAUGUCCAAGCUCAAUCGAUUCUCCGCAUCUCAAGAAGAUGCCGCGACCCAGCCGUCGUCCGAUUCCCCAACUCGACCUCCGCACUCGGGAAAUUUAUGCCAAAGCAAAGAGUCGCAUUUGUGGCGGGCAACCAGACCAGACAACAUGAGUCCUCCAAUCCCGGCGACCUGUGCAACAUCCGCGGUUCCGUUUUCGGGCACUGCCUGUUCUGGACAUGUAUUGGUAAGCUCCGUAGAAAGCCAAUGUCGUUUUUCUUUUUCAACAGUUUGCGUCGUGCGUUCCAUGUUGUUAGCCGCCGAGGCAUCUCUGAGAUCACAGAAGAAGUCCAGGGUUUACCUUGAACGUCGACACGAUCAUUGUAUUCCUCUGUCACCUUCCCCUCUUCCCCAGGAAAUGGGAGCAUGUGUUGCAAAUCUUAGCCUAGCCUGGGGCGCUCCUUGUGGACAAUCCUCGUGGACAAGAGAGGCGUCCCGUGCACUCACUUGGUUGAAGUGACUGUCUUGCUUUCGGAUGAAUGAGCCGUAAGAAAC